AUGAAUAAGUAUCAUGGCAGAUCUACGACCGUUUUACGCCCUCGGAACACCAAGGAAGUUAGCGAGAUCGUCAAGCAUUGCAAUGAGCGCCGCAUAGGCAUUGUCCCACAGGGAGGAAACACAGGACUUGUCGGCGGAAGUGUGCCCAUCAAGGAUGAGCUGGUUAUCAGUCUCGGCAACAUGACAAACAUCCGCUCCUUCGAUGAUGCUUCUGGAAUCCUCGUCGCGGACGCUGGCUGCAUUCUACAGUCCCUCUCAGACUAUCUAGCACCGCAUGACCAUAUUGUCCCCCUGGAUUUGGGGGCCAAGGGAAGUUGUCAGAUCGGCGGGAAUGUCUCAACCAAUGCGGGGGGUCUUCGGUUACUUCGCUACGGCUCCUUACACGGCAGUGUACUGGGUCUGGAGGUUGUUCUUCCUGAUGGGACAAUUCUUGAUCAACUCACCACUCUCCGCAAGGAUAACACAGGCUACGACCUGAAGCAAUUAUUCAUUGGGGCAGAAGGGACUCUGGGGAUUGUAACCGGUGUCUCCAUUCUGGCUGCGUCUGCACCACAAGCAUCGAAUAAUGUCAUGCUCGCGCUGCCUACAUUCGACAAUGUCCUUCCUCUCUAUCGCGAAGUAAAGCGGCAAUUGUCUGAAAUCCUCUCCGCAUUCGAGUUCAUUGACAGAAGGGCGUAUGACCUCGCCGUUAAGCAUGGGCAGGGUCGCGCUCUGAACGAGUCGGAUGUCGAGGGUGCAGAAUGUUUCGUACUUGUGGAGACCAGUGGAAGCAAACGCGAGCAUGAUGAAGAGAAACUCAACACGUUACUGGAAAACCUAAUGGAGGCCGAACCUUCUUUGAUCAAUACUGGGGUGCUCGCAUCUUCACCGGCUCAGUUUGCCUCCCUGUGGGCUAUUAGGGAGGGCCUCACAGAGUCAAUGUCGAAGGAGGGCAAGGCGUAUAAGUACGAUAUAUCGGUACCUCUGCACAAAUUUAAGGAGGUUAUCGAUACGACGCGGGAUCACCUACAGUCCAAGGGACUCAUGCGUGACGAUGCUGUAAAGCAUGUGGUCGGCUAUGGACAUGUCGGCGACGGCAACUUGCAUCUGAACGUCGUCGCUGAUGCAUACACCCCGGAGAUCGAAAGUGCUCUUGAGCCUUUCGUCUACGAGCUCGUCGCAAAAUACAAGGGCUCCAUAUCCGCUGAACAUGGUAUCGGCGUCAUGAAGACUCACGCUCUGCCAUACUCCAAGAAUGCCGUUAGCAUUGAGGUGAUGAAGCGGAUCAAGCACUUGUUCGAUCCGAAUGGCAUUAUGAAUCCUGGAAAGGUCUUGGAGCUAUGA